AUGCUAUUCCUAAUCAUUGUCUCUAUCAUUUUUCUGUACAUUUUCCAUGAAUUGUAUUGGAAGCGAAGGAAUCUGCCGCCCGGACCAACGCCUAUCCCGAUUCUGGGGAAUCUUUUGGAGCUGAAUAAGCUGAAACCGGGAUACGAGGCAUUUGGCAAGUGGAGGAAGCAGUAUGGACCGGUUUUCACGUUUUGGAUGGCCCAGAAGCCAUUCAUCAUCAUUGCCUCUUAUGAAAAACUCAAGGAGACGUUUGUCAAGGAUGGAGACACAUACGUCGACAAGCAACUCGCUGUUGUGGAAAAACAACGUCUCGGUCAAAACUACGGAGUACUCGACACCAACGGAGAAAUGUGGAGUAUUCACAGACGAUUCGCGUUGACUCAACUGAGAGAUUUGGGUCUGGGCAAGGAUUUGAUGCAGGAGAAGAUUCUGAUGGAAGUCGUCGAGCUCUUCAAAGAUAUCGAUGCGAAUUCAGGGAAAGAGUUUGAUCUACCAGGUCUUAUUGAUAGAAGUGUCGGGAAUGUUAUUAAUUUGACAUUGUUUAAUAAGAGAUUUGAGAGGAACCAAGGCGACGAGUUUGCUCACCUCAAGUCUCUUAUCGAUGACAUCCGAGACGUUGCUUCCAAAUUCCGCUAUUUUAUCCAGUUCCUUGUCCCGUGGACAUCCCGAGUGAUCCCAGGACCAACAUUGUCAGAGAAAUCAAGAGAGAAACGAAACAAACUGGACGACUUUUUCUACAGUCAGAUUGAUGAGCAUCAGAAGGAGAUCGACUUUGAUUCUCACGAGAGCUUUGAUUUUGUUGAGGCUUAUUUGAAGGAGCAGAGGAAGAGAGAGGAGGAUGGGGAUAUGGAGACAUUUAGCCGAAAACAACUGUGUGCUAUGUGCUUCGACCUCUGGAUCGCUGGGCUCCUUACCACUACCUCCACCCUUACCUGGGGCAUCUCUUACUACCUUCAUGACCCCAAAAUCCGGAAGAACAUCCAUGAAGAGUUGGAUAGAGUCAUUGGAAACGACCGGCUUAUCACCACUGCUGAUAAGAACAACCUCCCUUAUCUCUCAGCAUUCUUGAAUGAGACUCAACGAUGUGCAAAUAUAAUUCCGUUGAAUUUACUGCAUAUGACUACGAGGGAUACUGUAAUUGAUGGGUACCCGAUUGCCAAGGGAACAGGAGUCAUUGCUCAGAUUAGUACUGUUAUGUUGGAUGAGACAGUCUUCCCCGAGCCAUUCCACGUGAAUCCAGAUCGCUUUUUGGAAAAUGGAAAACUAAAGAAGGUAGAUGAAGUGAUCCCAUUCUCAAUCGGCAAGCGGCAGUGUAUAGGAGAAGGACUCGCGAGAAUGGAGUUGUUCUUGUUCUUCGCCAAUAUUUUCAAUCGAUAUGAAGUGCUGCAGGGAAAGGAUGGGUUGCCGGAUUUGGACAAGUCAAAGGAUAAUUUUGUGAUUCCGAGGAAGUUUAACGCUGUGUUGAGAAGAAGAUAUCAGGAUUGA